AUGGAGAAUCAAAAGAAGGGCCUCGAGGAGGAAGAGGACCGAGGAACAGACCUCCGCAUGGGGGCCGGCGGCGGCGGCGCGGCCGCUGUGCAGCAUAUGAUAUUUCCCAAGGCGGAGCCCCCGCAGAUGGAAGAGCGGGAGACGGAGGCCAUGGCGACGGCGGUGGUGGUGCGGAGGGCGGCUUCCGGUGUGGUGGCGGCAGCGGCGGCGAGGACAAAGGACCGGCACACGAAGGUGGAGGGGAGGGGGCGGAGGAUUCGUAUGCCGGCGACCUGCGCCGCCAGGAUCUUCCAGCUGACCCGCGAGCUCGGCCACAAGUCCGACGGGGAGACCAUCCGGUGGCUCCUGGAGCACGCGGAGCCCGCCAUCAUCGCCGCCACCGGCACGGGCACAGUGCCCGCUAUCGCCGUCUCUGUGGGGGGCACUCUCAAGGUUCCCACCCAGUCCCCUUCCUCCCUCGCUGCCGCCGCCGGCGACGGCGACGGCGACGACUCCGCCGCCCGCAAGAGGAGGAAGAAGCUCCAGCCGCAGCCACUGCAGCAGUCCCAGCCCAUCAGUAGCAACUCCUCCGGCUACUUCCAGACUUCGCCGCCGCCGCCGCCGCCGCAGCAGCAGCAGGACCAGCAGCAGCAGCAGGUGACCAUGUCGUCGGGCUUGGCGCCGAUCGGGACGGCAGCGGCGGGGCAGGGGCUGGUGCCGGUGUGGGCACUGAGCGGCGGUGGGAGGGUGAUCACCCAAGGCACGCUGUGGAUGCUGCCACCUUCACCGGCCAUGGCCACUGGGGGAGCGGGGGCGGCGGGGGGACCGGGGAACCAGCAGCCGCAGAUAUGGACAUUCCCCGGGGGCCCGCAGAUCAUGAACAUCGCCGCCUCUCGCCCGAUACCCACCGCCGUGUUCUCCGCCGUCCCCGGGCUGAACCUCGCUGCGCCGGUGGAAGUUCACUCUCCCUCCCCAGUCUCAGUGGGCAGCUACACGGCGGAGGCGGCGGCAGCCACCGCCGCCGCCUCUGCAACAGCGGCCCCACCAGCGGGCGGCGACGGUCCUCACGGCGCUGCCAAGGAGCUGCAGUUCCUGGGCGACUCCCCCUCUGCUCCCACCGGCGCCGCCGCUGCAAGCACAACAGCCAACAGCAACCGCUACCCCCUCCAUCAUCACUACCAUCACCAUCACCAGCAGCAGCAGCAGCACAGUGAAGAACUGCAAGAGCCAGGACAGGCGCAGGAGCCGGAGCAAGACGACUCCCACGACUCUCUCUCCUCCUCGACCCCAGAACCCGAAUAG